AUGAGGGUGAGACACUUACAGAUUUUUCAUUCAUUUUCUUUUAUAACAUAUUAAAAUAAUUAUGGCAUCAAUUAUGAAUGGGAUAUAGAGGAUGCCUUGGUGGUCAGAUCUACAAACAAAUCUCUAAAACCUCAAACGUAAAAAUGUGAGAUCGAAACUGCAUCUGGAUACCUAAAUGCAAGUGACGCACAAACACAUGAGCCCUUUUCAGAAGUCUAAAGCAAAUUCCCAACUAAACAGUAGCCCAUCUACCUCUUUUACAUGACCAGCCCAUGUCAUCCAAGACUAGAAGACGGAAUAUGGUUAGUCUGUUAGCAUGCAGACUAAUGGAGCCAUGGUCUGUUUAAUCGUACACACUUGCUCAUUCAUUCUAUCUCUUUUUAGCAUAUAAACAUCUCAUCACUGUCACCAGAGUGAAAGUUAAGCUGCAGAUAGGAAUGAGUGAAGAAGGAAACACCACAAAGCUUUUUAAAAGGCUUAAACUGGUGAGAAGAACGAUGAGGCCUUAGUGUAGCUGUUGACGUGUAUAACUGAACCUCAGCGAGAUGGCUUCUCUAGGCAUGCACAUGUUAGCAAGUGCCUUGGCCCUACUGGGAUGGGUGAGAGCCCUCCUGUCCUGCCUCAUGCCAAUGUGGCGUGUGACAGCCUUCAUUGGAACCACCAUUGUAACUUCUGAGAUCAUGUGGGAGGGCAUUUGGAUGAGACCGUACUAGUCCAUGCUCACACUAGGCCCGGAUCUGCAGGCCGCUCAGAGUCUCACAGUGAUGCCGAUUCUUUUGGGAGCAGUGGGUCUUGUUUUAGCCUUCAGUGGAGGAAAGUUCACCAUCUUAAUGGACCAAUCCAAAAGAUCCAAAACCAGGAUCGCCACAGCAGCUGGCAUCACACUGAUUGUCGCCGGAGUUCUCUGCCUGAUCCCCGUCUCCUGGUCAGCUGGCAUUGUGGUGAGAGCGUUUUACAACCCACAGAUGGCCGACUCGCAGCGAAGGGAGAUCGUCAGUGGUGCAAUUUAUGUCGGUUGGGGUGCAUCCAUCAUCCUCAUUUUGGGUGGAGGAAUGCUCUGCACCACCAUCUGCAAAGACAAAACAGAAGACGACGGCGGUCGUUCAGUGAAGUAUCUGAUUGUGCACUCUUCGCAGGCAGGGUCCAGCAGGGCAGGUUCCCAGAGGAUGCGGCCCGUCUCUGUGAGGUCGCUACAGAGUUGCACUCCAUCUGUGAGGUCCCAGUGGAGUCAGAAAGCACUUUUGAAUCAUAGCACACCUCCUUCUGCGGGGUCCCACCAGAUCAGGCCAUCAACUACAAAGUCUCAUCUUGCCAGAGCCAAAUUGAUGCCAGAGUCUGAGCAGGACGAGUGAGCGUCGACUAAGUCCCAGCUGAUUGAUGAUGGUUUGGAUCAGAUACUGGCCGCCUCUGACCCCAGUGAGACUGAAUAUGCUCCCAAGACAUACAUUUGAUUAAGGAGACACUGAAAAUGCAAGAUAUGUAUUAAUUAAGAGACUUACAUGCACUUGGACAGUCAUAUAUUGCCAUAGCACUGUGAAAAUGAAGAAUGUGUCAUAAAAUUAUGUAUAUGAUAUUGGCUGAACCUAACUAUUAUGUACAAUUAAUAAGAUCUCAGUUGCUUAUUCAGUGUUUUUUUUUUUUUUUUUAGAGAAUUUAAGGCACUUUAGAAAGUGCAGCUGAUUGAGAUGAAGAUUUGCACUGUAAAUUACACUAAGGCCUGAUCAGUCAUGAUUAUUAUUGUUGUUUUAUAGUUCAUUUUAAUAGCUUCACAUGUGGUCUUUCAUAGAUGGACAAUAGUUUGUCUCAAAUGUUGCAAGGGAGGGAAAAGAACACUCUAUUCAUUGUUACCCUUUCA